CUAAAAUCUGCGCCUUCCUGAUGAAAUCUAACAUUUGAAAUUAUCUGCGGCUGCCAAAACAAAACUUUAUUAAAUGUCAAGUUUUAGACUUGGAAAAAAUUGUGCUUGAUUUCCAACAACUUUUUAGCUUUUUUUUUUUCCAGAAAAAAAUUAGUUGGUGAAUCUAGCAUAUUGCUGGCCAUCAUAUAUUCAUGUUAACCACAAUUCAUGCCUUUUUGUGAUUGGCCUUAUUUUAAUAGUAGAACCUUUAAUAUAAGCUGCUUUUGUUUAGUGGAGGGUGGACCCAAAAUAUUUUUCAAAAAGCAUGUGCUUUCCUUGCUUUUGAAAUGGUGGAACGAAGACUUCACAGAGUAAUUGUGUUAGGCUCUGUUUAUUGUGAAACCAUUUUUUGGGGCAUUAACUUUCAUUAAAUUUUAUUUAGUGAUUCUAACUUUUAGUCGUGUCUCUUUAAAGGAUAGGAAAAGUCGGUUUAAUUGUUUCUUCUUUUGUAAGCAUAGGAAAGGUUGGUUUAAAAUUGUUUCUUCUUUUGUAAGAAGGGAAUGCACCAAGUUGAUGUGAGGGUGCCCCCUUAAGAUCGCAUGGGAGGGAUUAGUCUCGAAGUGUGCAAAAGGAGACAUGGGGACAUCCUGAACUGUCCAAACCAAGGCAGGGAUACAUGCUUGGCCAAAAGAAAUCAGGCACUCUUCUUUUUUUCCAUCCAUGAAUUCAGAUCCAUAGGCAUGCAGAAAGGACCCAGUGACACAUAUACUAGCAAAUAAUGUGUUCGUAUAUGAUAAAGGAAUGUUAUUAGGAAGUCAUAAUGUGAGAAGGUAGAGUGCUCUUGAAGUCAAAUUUUGAUGGCUUAAACCUUCUGUUCAUUUUCUCCCCCUGCUGCAAAACUUGUAAUCUAACAUUUAUUGAAUUUUUUUAUGUUGCUUAUGGGAAAGGGCAAAAAAGAACAAAGCUAUUCUGGAUCACUCAAACUAAAAUGCCAGUUUAUUGAUUUUGUCAGCUGAUGUAAAACUUCUUUAUGUGUUGGAUGAGAAAGAUCAGAAAUCCUGGAGUUAUCAGCAGUGCUCCAUCAUGUCAGACCGGCAGGUUGCCAAAAGCAGCCUGGAUCAGUCUUGAAAGAUACUGAACUGCACCUUAAACCACCUUACUAGAAGUGUUGAGUGCAUAAUUCAGAAUGUAAGGGAACUUGAAUCAGAAGAUCAAGAACAAUUAUAAUAUUGUUUCGUGUUAUCUCCAGGUUUUACCUUAGAGAACUCGUCUGGUGAGAAUUCUUUUCUUGUGCCAUACUAAAUAGUAAUUGAACUU